UGCAGACACCUAGGAUACGACGACCCUUACGAAAUGCUUACCAUUGUCGAGCUAGAAACUAUCCUGCCAUCUCUUUGAUUUUUCCCCCCCCAGUGAAGUUUGCCUGUAUCGACAGACAUGACUCGUCAUGGAGGGCUCCUGACGCCUUCAACGGAGGCAGAGUCUGUGAAUGACUUCGAAAUUGACGACGCUGAACAAUCAAGUCCUUUUUACAUGACUCAAGCACCAUACGAUCCACACCGAGCAGUCAAAGUCAUCAUUGUUGGGGCCGGUAUUGGUGGUAUUGCUGCGUCAUGCUUACUUCCAGCCAAAGUUCCCAACCUUGAAUACGUGGUAUUUGAGCGGAACGACACAGUGGGCGGCACUUGGGCUCUAAACACAUACCCAGGAGUCAGAUGCGAUGUGCCUUCACACGUGUAUCAGUUGACAUUCGCACCAAACCCACGUUGGUCGGAGUAUUAUGCGCCCGGCCACGAAAUCAGGGAGUACUACGAAAAGGUUGUGAAGGAUUUUGGUGUAGGAGAGCACUUGAGAUUACGGCACGAAGUACUGAGAGCAGAAUGGAACGAAGCUCUAUCGCACUGGGAGGUGACUGUUCAAGACCUGGUAACAGGUGACGUCUUUGUCGAGACAGCGGAGUUCUUCAUCUCGGCACAAGGAAGACUCAACGUACCCAAGAAGCCUUACAUCCCUGGACUGGAGACCGAGUUUGAGGGACAUGUCUGCCAUACUGCGGAAUGGGACGACUCAUAUAAUUUUAGUGGAAAGAAGAUUGCCAUUGUAGGGAAUGGCGCAAGUGGUCAACAAUUGCUCGUCAACAUCCUUCCGCAAGUUGACCAUAUUGACCACUAUGCGAGGUCGAAGCAAUGGAUUCUGCCGACUUUCUCGAGCGGAUUUUUAGAAGCCAAGGCGGAUCUUCCUGGAGCAUACGUAUUCACUGAGCGGGAAAAAGAAAGAUUUGCGUCGGAUCCACCAGCAUAUCUUGACUUCAGAAGAGAUCUGGAGAGGAGUUUGCAUGACGCCUAUCAUGGUUCGAUCGCUGGGACUGCCGAGAACGAGGCAGCGAGGCAACGGUGCGUUGAUGCCAUGCUGAAACGACUUGGUGGAGAUGAUCAGUGGCUCAAAAGGCUCCUCCCAGACUAUGCGGUAGGAUGCAAGAGACCAACACCUUCACCUGGAUACCUCGAAGCUUUGCGGGGUUCACAAGUCACAUACAUCGACAGCGGCAUAUCGCAUGCGACCAGGACUGGUUUGGUUGCCGUGGAUGGGAAGGAACGCAGUGUCGAUGCCAUCAUACUGGCUACGGGCUUCGAGAACGGUUUUCUCCCCCUCUUCCCAACUAUCGGCAAGGGCGGGCUUGACCUGGCCAAGCAUUGGUCGGAAGACGGUCCGGCUGGUUAUCCCGAGACCUACUUCGGUAUCAUGGCUCCUGAUAUGCCCAACUAUUUUGCUGUCCUUCAGGCACAAAGCUACGCCGCAGGUGGCACGGUCCCUCUUCAUUGUGAGACAUCCGUCACGUUCAUAGCAAAGGCCAUGCGAAAAAUCCAGAGAGAAGGCUAUAAAGCCUUGUACCCAUCACAGGAAGCUACAGCUGAUUUCAAUGAAUAUGUCGGGGCAUAUCACGAAGACAAGGUGAUAGGAGACUCCUGCAACAGCUGGCUCAAGGCCGGCAAAGGUAAAUCGAGGCCUCUAGUAGGCUGGCCGGGCACGGGGCAUCAUCGCAUAAAUAUCUGCCGGGAUCCGAGGUGGGAAGAUUUUGUCUUUGAACGUUCUGAGCCUGGGAGAAGGAAUAGGUAUGAAUACUUCGGAAACGGCUGGACGCAACGUGAGAAGGAGGCAGAUCCAGUGGCUUUGACAAGCUAUCUGCACCCGGCGGGCUCGAUAGACUUAGCGACACUUCACGAGACCUGGAACGAAUGAUCUCG